AUGGCCCACCCGCGUGAGUGGCCGGGCGCGAGAGGGCGGGGAUGGGGAGGGGGGGCGCUGUCCGAGCCGAGUUCGGGGAGGGCCCGGAGGGAGCGGGAAGGGGGAGGAGGGAGCGGGAGGAGGGAGCGGCGGGCGGAGCGCAGUGCAGCGGCGGCGGCGGCGGCGGCGGGAGCUCGGGCGGGCGGGCGCGGGGCGCAGAGGAGGCGGCGGCGGCAGGGACGCAGGGCCGGGCCGGGCCGGGCGCGCAGCAGGGGCGGCGGCAGCGGCAGCGGCAGCGGCGGCGGCGGCAGCGGCGGCGGCGGUGGCAUCGUCGCCCGGGAGCGGGCGCAGGGUUCACCAGCCUCGGAGUGUGGACUAGCAGCAGGCGAGGAGACAGAGCCAGCAAGACAUGGGUCCUACUGUAACACUCCUGAUCCCUCUGAUGUGACCAGAUGUGGAGGGGAGCUGUCCCGACCAUGUAGAUGCCAGCCCCAGGGAUCAACAUGGACCCCACUGAAUGGAGACUCCUGGGUCAAGAGCCCUGAGGCUUUCUGGCCCCUGGACUUCACCCCACUCCUGGGGACACUCCUCAGAGCUCUCCAGUGCUGUUGCCAGCCCACCUCAGCCAUCACCUCCUCCUGGGACUCAGAGUUGGCUGCCUCAAGCUACUACCCUCUGGUGAGGGUAUACUGA